CAAUCACAGAGAGGGCGUGUCUAGAAAGAGUAAUGACCAAUCAAGAAGCAGAUGGGACUGCCGAAGCCUCUCGUGCCGCUGCGGAGGGGUUGGGCCGCGUUCAGGGACUAUGGGGAGAAAGGGAGGCAGAUAGUGUGUGAAAGCAGAAGGAGACGUGAGAGAAAAAGGGAGACGGUAGGGAUGUGCGUGAGUGUGCGGUGAUCGGUGCUGCAGGUACAGUCAGAGCCGGAUACAGCUUUUACAGCCGCACCGGACCGCGGUGAAGACCGCCCUCUGUGCCUGCCUUUCUCCUCUUCGUUUAUUCUAAGCAACCCUCCGCAAUGUCUGGCGGAGGAGAGGUACGCGUCCUCUGCCAAGAGGCCGGGCAAGAGAGCCCGAGGAUGCCGGCCUGGAAGCGAGAAAUCCUGGAAAGGAGGAAGGCGAAGGGCGGCGGGUCUGGGGGAAGCGGUACCCCGGAGCCCGGCCCCGUCGGUGCGGGCCUGCAGCGAGUAAAUGGCGAGGUGACGGGAAAUGUGAACGGCAGCACCGGCGGCGGUCCCAAAAGAGACGGCGGAGCGAGCGCAGGGUCCGCGCGGAACUACACCAUCACCACAGCCAGCCAACACUUCGCUAACAACAAAGAGACGCGACCGACGACCACCGAGAGGACGGCGCCGAGGGGGGACGAGAGACACGAGAGCUUGGUGCUGCAGGAAAGCCUGGGGCCGCUGGAGCAGAACCCGUUCAUAAAGCUGGAGAAGGAGCGGAGGAGGCGGCAGGACCGAGAGACCGCUCGGCCGGUCCAGCACAUCCUGGAGCUGUACGGCAGCGUCCCUGGUAUACGGACUAUCCGCGCAGACAACAUCAUUAUAAUUGAGUCGGAUCCUGACUAUUUCCCGGAAGCUGGAGGUAAAGCAGGCUCCAAAUUUCAGCAAAACGGCGUUAGUAGUUAUAGCUCUUUGAACGACCUUCUGGACCGGAGAGGGAGCGCUGUUACGGAGAUAAGAGCCAAGGAAGUGGUCAUUUAUGACACCACGUUAAGCAAGAGUGAGGAGAACUUGAGCACCCUGGGCCGCCCGGAUCACGAGACCCCUUAUAAUCUAUCUGAUGGUCAAGGUAGGGUUAGUCGAAUCCUGCAGAAGUUUGACAGCAACUAUGGUAAGCUGCAGAAGAAGUCCCACAGCACGGAGAACCUGCUGGACCUGGAUUGUAGUGCCAGCAGCAGACCAAGACCCUGGCCCAAGCCACAGCCAGAUCUGGUGCCAAAGCCCUGGUUGAGCCCAUUGGUCAGCAGCCCAAUCAGCAGCCAGCCAUCGUCACCGAUCUUCCAGAGCCCCCGGUCUUCCAAACCAAAGCCACAGCCCGCCGUCUCUGAUUUGGGCAGCCCCCAGCGUGCUACGGGAUCCCCACAGUUUGUGUUUUCCUACCGUCAGCGGUUUGAAGAAAGCGGGGCUCACGCCGCACCUCUGAGCCCCCGAGAUGAACCGGACAGGGGGGCGAUCAAGCCUGUCAGAGACUGGGAGAGCGCUGAGGUGUCCCCCAAAGCCAAGGUGCCAUGCUCUCCAGAGCCCCGCCGUGUCCGUGCGGAGUCCCCAUCGAGGCCCACCUCGUCCAAGGUGUCGCGUUCCUCGGGUGACUUUGAGAUCCGUCCUGCCCCGAAACCAGACCUUGCCCAAAUUCCCGACGGGGACACCCAGGCACGGGCACUUGCAAAUCUACGUCUGCAGUCUCGAAAUUCCUUCACUGUCAUACCCAAGCGCCGUCCUGCCGCCUCAUCUGCUACAAGCAGCCCGGUACCAUCUAGCCCAGUCAAGUCUUCCCCAGCUCACAGGGUGGCAGAGGUGCCCACACCCGGAGUGCCAACCUACCACGCCCAUACUGUCACCCCGACAUCCCCAAAGAGGAAAGAAGAGAAGACAAAGGUGGAAAGGGACGUGGAGAGAGCAGCGAGGACAUCCAAGCCUGAACCAUCUCCUACUGUUGCCACAAGUCCGCCUCUUGCGACCGUUGAACCUUUGUCUCCAUCCCCUGCUGUCACCCCAGCUCCUUCCUCUCCACCUGCCUGGGCUUCACCCCCCUCUUCUCCAGCCAUCCCGCCUUCAUCUCCCGUCCGAGCAGUCUCCCCCGCCCCGUCCACCCCCUCCCCGUCUCCAGGGAAACCUCCUGCGGACCAGCUGCCGAUCACGAACAUCGACGACAUCGAGGUGGAAGCCCCGCAGCGCGUCCCUGCUCCCAGCCCCGCGGUGCUGAGGAAGAAGGGGAACACCUUCACUGUGGUGCCUAAAUCCCGGACGGAGCCGGCCGCCCAGCCGACUUCACCCGAGCCGCAGCAAGAAGCCCCGAACGAGGCCCCGCCAGGGUCCACGCCCCCACAGGCCCCGUACGCCCAGCUGGGCUCCCUGCUGAAGAAGCGCUACCCUGCUGUGGAGGAGAUCGAGGUCAUCGGGGGCUACCUAUCUCUGGAGAAGUCCUGCCUCACCAAGACGGGCUCCACGGGCAAGAAGCUCAAGAUCUCCUUCAACGAGUCCAGCCUCCACAGUACGUUCGAGUAUCCGUCGGAGAGCAGCGUGUGGGACAGCAUGGACGAGGACGAGGACGAGAAGGUCGGGGACGAGCAGCCGAGCAUGGUGGGACGCAUCCACAUCCCUCGAGUCGCUUUGGCCGGCUCGCCCUCCCACGCCAACAACAGCAACGACCUCUCCAGCUACAUUCCCAAGCACUCCGUAGACUUCAACGCGUGGCAGGAACACAAGCACGAUGACGUCGCCUACCAGGAAGACCCCUCCUCCCAGCAGAUGACGGAGGACGUCAUGCUCACACCAGCAGACAGCUCGUCCCUGUCCGACUACAGCAGCGAGCCGGCGCUUUACUUCUGAUCAGCCCCCGCUCAUCAGCUGUACAGUAGCAUCGCACCCGUGGGACCAGACAGCAGCUGGAGCCCAGAGGGAGCCCGGACUGCCUCCACCUCCACCUCCACACUCCAGCCGACUAUAAGCACAUCGAACAGGAAACUGUGGCUUUUUUUUUUUUCUUUCUUUCUUUCUUUUUGUAUGUUUUGAGCGAUUUCCCUGCCACGGUACCACCAAAACGCCACGUUGUCAUCUGCGCACGAGAGCAGACGAGCUUCUCCGCCAGGUGGCUGGUGAUCCUUUCCCAAAUCCCCAAAAGCAGCUGGACUGUCUUUUCCCGCCCGAUCCUGGACAGUUGAUCUGUCAGUUCCCCUCCUCACCCUCCUCACCCUCCUCACCAAGAGAUCUGACAGAACGUCCCUCCUCACACCCUGUAGUAGAUGUUUGACGUCCUGUCCCGCUUCCUCCUUUUUUUUGUAUUUUUUUUUCCUUUUGGGGAAAGGAGGCCGCCAGUGUCCGUGUGCAGAUAUCGCCAUGGUGACGGAGUUCAGUGUUAGCAUGGAAACAUGUCUUUAGGACUUCCUCCAGAGACGUUAAGACCUGGAUUGCAGGUCUGCUCGCAUACAGUAGAUCAAAUGCAGAUCUGAACACACGCAAAAAGGAAAAAAAUGGUAAAAGGGUGCCACAAUUGUAGUUUUCUUUUUUUUUUUUAGGUUUUGUACCUGCAUGUUUUUUUUUUUUUUUUUUGUUCCAGCCAACAGCUUGGUUGGUCCUCUUUCACUGUAAAGCUUCUUGUAUGCCUUUUUAGUUUUUAUAUGUUUUCCGGCAAACUAUGCUGUGAGCUGCUGGACGUCCAAUGGCAACGCGCUCCUUCUCCUUCCUCGCGGCGGAGGAGGAGACAUAUGCACCCCGAAGGAGGACUUCUGUCGAUCAGUAGCAACUUUUCUUAUAUCACAUGCUUGAAAAAGUGACCUUGGCCAAUGAUGUCUGUACGUCCACAACGCUGGUGACAAACGAAAUCAUCACACUGUAGAAUGUUUCUGUGUAUCUUACUCUUAUCAACGUACCCCGUCACUUUCCUCCGGCUUCGUGUGUAUUUAUUCCAGCGUAACGUUUGCAUGUCUGAAACCUGCUCAUGUACAAAACCUUUUUUUUUUUUUCCUUCUUUCAUUUGUAUAGACAUUUGCUGGUGUGGAAGGAACCGGAGGGUUGUUUUUAUGCUUUUCCAAUCGGACCUCAUGUACUUUUGACAUUCCACAUAUAGAGAGAGAAAGAGAGAGAGAAGCCGGUUCAUUGAAGGCGACAAGCGAUUCCGAUCGUUCGUAAAAAGGCACGAUUGUGAGAAUGAAUGCAAGAUUGUGUGUGAAAGUUUUUUUAAUUAAUAUUGUUUUUAAUAUGCAAGAUUUUUUUCUUUUUUUCUUUCUUUUUUUUUUUUUUUUAUAUACGCGUAAUGCCAACUGAUUAAAGUGUCGCUGUAAUGGCCUCACAUUCAUUCUUUACGUCCAGGAUCGACCCUUCGGCCAGUAUUGUUGUACAGUUUUCCUCCAUAUUUUAAGAAUUACUCUCAUUGCUGAC